CCACCACUAACAGGAACAGGCUACAGCACCUCCAGCAAGCGUUGGCUGGGGAGCCUGCAUGUCAUUGGCCAAGGCUCCCAGCACACCUGAGCCACGGGCGGGAGAUGCGCUAGGUCAACACGCUAGGUAGCCUGGUAUCAGGUAUCAGAGGGAGAGCUCCUGCAAACAGCAACCUUGCAAUCUUUUUGCCUGAGACGAUCCCUCAGGGCUUCAAGCUGCACUUUGGCAUUUUCCACAACCCGUCAUACCCAACCAGACAUGCACUUCUCUUGAAAGCUGCGCCACUCGCUCGCCUCGUUCUCGUCGUCUACCAUCGCCAUUCGAGAUGCCCAAGAUAAAAGCAUACACCCCCGCCUGGCUUUCCAGUCCAUCGCCUGCCCACCAGCUAUUCGCUCCGAAUCCUGAUAGCUCCCCGAACAUACCCUCUCAUGCCUCAACAGCAGCCGCCAACGCUGGCCCUCGCCGAGUUGUCGCAACCAGAGGGUCCGAGGUUUUCAUUGCCGUGGGGAAGGAGAUCCGCUGGGGUGAUCUGGUCUAUCUCAAGGAGAGAUGGCAGGAAAAGGCAGCUCGCGGCCGAGGGGAUGUUCACAUAAAGCGCGAAGACGAUGAUGAGGUCGAUGACAGUGAUAUAAUCAGAGACUCGAUCGAGAGUGGAUGCGCCGAAGGCUUCCGGACCAUCAAACCUCCAACCAUUGGAAGCGAUAUCCAACAGCUAAUCAUAUCACCCUAUGCUAACUUUAUGGCCGUUCUGACUACCCACACCAUCCGGAUCAUCCUCCUUCCUGAUCCCUCUCACCUUACGGCUCCUAGUCUUGACAUGAUCAAACCAAAGUCGUGGUCCCUUGGUCCUACAACCCACUCCGAUGAUCGUUCACCUAUCGCCUCUGCCCUGUGGCAUCCCCUUGGGGUUGAUGGUUCAGCCUUAGUAACGGUGACAAGGGAUGCAGUAGUUAGAGUAUGGGAAUUAUCGCAGAAGGACCGGUGGUCCUUCGAUACAUCUGCUUUGACAAUAGAUCUUCAGAAGCUUGCUGAUGGAGUGUCACUAGACGAGAACUUCUCCGCCAGCAAUCUUGUCAAGAAAGGCUUCACUCCCGACUCCUUCGAUAUGGAGGUAGCGGCAGCCUCCUUCGCGGAAAGAGGAUCCGGAGGUUGGUCUUCCAUGACACUAUGGAUCGCAAUGACAGGGGGUGAUGUGUAUGCUCUGUGUCCGUUGUUGCCAAGUCAAUGGGCCCCCCCUCCCACUCUCAUUCCAUCUCUAUCAAUAUCCAUAGUUGGUAACCUAGCCGCAAUCGAGGACGACCCAAACGUAUCUGAACAAGCCAAGUUAUUGGCACAGCAACAGCUUGAUUGGAUGUCUGAUCUUGAUAAUCAAGAACCACGGGUCAUCGAUGGUCCACCAGGAGAACCGCCUACAGAGGUAUACACGAGACCUUCACGACCCGGUGUGGUACCACGUCUCCAAGGACCGCUUCCUCUCGAUCUAGGCCCCGACAGUGAGGAUGAAUUGGAUCUCAACCUAACGGAUAUACUUGUCAUUGGCGAGAAACUCGACACCGAAGAUCUUAUGUAUGGCGAGGAGGAGGACUUGGAGAUGGAAGAUACCGAACGAGAAGGCUUGUCACUGUCGAUAAUCUGCCUGCUCUCGUCCAGUGGGCGGGUGCAGAUUUGCUUAGAUGUCGGUGGCACACAGGCCCAGUGGCUACCGCCCCGGAACAAGUCGAAGACCAUGGGCCGCUUGGUUGGUACACCAACGUUAUUGACCUUUUCAACACUUGACACACUGGCCGCUUUAGAAGUAACGAGCGAAGCUUGGCCGGUCUUCAGUCCUGAUGUUACCUCUCGAUACUCAUUCUAUAUCACCCAUCCCUCCAGCCUCACCUAUGUUUCCUUGGCGCCCUGGGUUUUCCGCCUUGAAAGUGAACUGCAGGGGGAUUCGGAGGCUGGUUCUGAGUUCAGGAUCAACCUCCUCAUCAACGGCCAGGCCUCCACACGAGAGCGCCUCUAUAACAGCCCAGCUCAGAGCGAUAUGCAGCUACCUCUAAGCGCAGCCGUUGCAAUUCGAGACCCUGACCUUGGUUACUUCCUAUUAUCUGCUACCCCGUUUGAGCCAGUUGCUCUAAUAUUCGACGCACCAGAGGACGAUUUCGUGCCUAUACAGGCGAACUCGCCAUCCUUCAACCAGGAAGUUGAAGUUCAACCACUAGAGUUCUUCGAGCCCCGUCCUGUCUAUCAGCCCUCUCACGCGUUUGAUGAAAGUUCGGUGCUUCCUAGAUUUAUUGAGCAGCUCCGGACAAGUCGACACAAGGCAAUUAUGAAUCAAGAAAUCCGACUAUCUCCACUUACGUUACAGCUAUUCACCGAGGCACACCAAAUUCUUAGUGAUGAGACCCACAGGCUUGGUGUCGCCGCUUCUGAGGUAUUCCGACGUUGUGUAAAGCUCCAAGAAGAAUUGGAACAACAAAUUACGAAGGCAAACGAAGUUAAGGCAAGGGUCGAGGCUAUUACGGGCGAAGACCAGGCUGAAGCGGGCGAAGAACCCGAGCCAAGUAAUGCCGCUAUCGAGAGGCGGCUUCAAAACGCCAAAGAAAAAGGAGAUGCCUUAAGCCGGCGCUUGGAGAAAUUAAGAAAGACGGUCAAUAAGGCUACCAAUCGGGAGCUUAGUAAGAAAGAGCAAGACUGGGUUAAGGAAGUGAAGGCUUUGGAUGCCGGCAUACAUGGAACAUCUCACACAACAGAUGGACCAAAUCGAGCCAAGCAGUGCAUGGACAGAUACCAGAAGAUUGCAGAGCUAAAAGAAGAGCUUGCAGAACAAGCCAAAGCACUUGAGGCUCCAAAUGUCGAAGAGGAUAGUCCUACUCCUUCACGGACCGACUUGCGUAUCCCAUCAGAGCUCAGGCGCGCAAAAGUUGGCCAAGUCAAGGAUCUCCUCGAACGAGAGACAGCGCUGCUCGAGGCGGUCAAGUCAAGGCUGGGACGCUUGGCGGUCGGGUAGGAGUCGAAACAAUGUACAGAAUCGGUUCUAUCUGUCCUGGAUGACCAUUGUAAAACUGUCAAGGCUAUUCCGAUUUACGUCAGCGCAUGUGCAAGGUCAUGGGUGGUCAAUCGACCAUAUGAUAUGUGUGAGGUUCGACAACUAUUCGAAGGUGGUCAGCGCUGCCUGCCCGUGGUAGUUCCUUCUUGGACGCCUCAGUUGCAUUGUAGCAUUAUCUGUAGGCAUAUAGAGGCUCUUGUAUGACACCUUUUUUUUUUUUUUAAACCUUAUGAUUAUGUGGCGUUGUCGGACGCAAAGUGCGGCACCACAGUGCUAGCCAGCCUCAUCCUAUCGUGUCAUUGGCUUCUCCGUGGAAUCUAGUAACCCGACUUUUUCAGCGGGGUGAACUCAAAGUGCACAUCCAAGUUGACCAUACAGCACUCUGAACUAAGGGAAAAAUCAAAGAGUCAAUCUGCACCUGUCC